AGAAAUUAAAAAAAAAAAAAAGGAAAAAGGGCGGUGUGUCGUAACGUCCAUCGUAACGUCCACGACGACGUGGCAUUUAGAGAACCGCGCUCCAAUACUCGAGUCUUCUUUUUCUUUUCCCGUGCCAUUUCUCCAUUUCUGCCGACGGAGAACUGUGUGUGUGAGAGAGAUAAUGGCGAAGCUUUUAUCCACACCUCGUCUAACCUCCAUUCACUUCCGCACAGUUACUUCCACUCUCUCCAACCAUUCUUCUCCUCCAAUUCACUCUUCUCCCACUCUUCCCCCCUUCCCUCUUCACUCCAAUACCUCUUCCUUUGCCCUCUACGCUCCUCCUCCUCCUGUCAACAAUCUUCGCAUUCAUCGGAGUUUCCCCGUUUCAGCAUUCGACACGAAGAACGACGACGUAUCUUCGUCUUCCAAAGAUGAGACUAAGGAUGAGCCUAAUGUUGCUGAAAUCAACGGCGAUGAUAGUGCUACCAAAGAGGAUCAGUAUCCGAGUGGAGAAUUUGAAUUUGAGGAGUACGGUGCUUGGAAGAGCUUAAUUGUGAAGUUCAAAAUGCUCUUUGCCUUUCCUUGGGAGCGAGUCCGUAAGGGCAGUGUUCUCACCAUGAAAUUGCGCGGCCAGAUAUCUGAUCAGUUACAGAGCCGUUUCUCUUCAGGAUUAUCGCUACCUCAAAUUUGUGAGAACUUAAUGAAGGCCGCUUAUGAUCCUCGAAUUUCUGGUGUGUAUCUCCACAUUGAACCUUUAGGUUGUGGUUGGGGCAAAGUUGAAGAAAUUCGGAGGCAUAUACUGGACUUCAGGAAAUCAGGUAAAUUCAUAGUUGGCUAUGCACCAGCUUGUGGUGAAAAAGAGUACUACAUUGGCUGCGCGUGUCAAGAACUUUAUGCCCCUCCAAGUGCUUACUUUGCAUUGUAUGGUUUAACAGUUCAAGCAUCAUUUUUGGGAGGUGUCUUUGAGAAAGUUGGAAUUGAGCCUCAAGUGCAAAGAAUUGGUAAAUACAAGAGUGCUGGAGAUCAACUAAUGCGUAAAAGUAUAUCUGAUGAAAAUCGGGAGAUGCUAACUGCAUUACUGGAUAAUAUCUAUGGAAAUUGGCUCGAAAAAGUUGCUCUCACUAAAGGGAAGAAAAAAGAAGACAUUGAACAGUUCGUUAAUGAUGGAGUUUACCAAGUUGAAAGGCUAAAGGAAGAGAGCUGGAUAACGGAUAUAAAGUACGAUGAUGAGGUAAUGUCAAUGUUGAAAGAGCGUUUGGGAAUUCCGGAGGAUAAAAAGCUCCCUGAAGUUGAUUACAGAAAAUAUUCAAAAGUCAGGAGAUGGACUCUCGGUCUAGCAGGCUAUAAAGACCAGAUAGCUGUUAUUCGAGCCUCUGGGGGUAUUAGUCGCACACGCAGUCCCUUUAGUUCACCUAGUUCAGGAAUAAUAGCAGAGAAGUUGAUUGAGAAAAUUCGUAGUGUACGAGAGUCGAAAAGGUACAAAGCUGUUGUGCUUCGAAUUGAUAGUCCUGGAGGUGAUGCUCUUGCUUCUGAUUUAAUGUGGAGAGAAAUCCGACUGCUGGCAGAAUCUAAACCUGUUAUUGCAUCUAUGGCUGAUGUGGCAGCCAGUGGAGGAUAUUAUAUGGCAAUGGCUGCACAAGCUAUUGUGGCAGAGAACCUUACAUUGACAGGCUCAAUAGGUGUCGUGACAGGAAAAUUCAACUUGGGAAAUUUAUAUGAAAAAAUUGGCUUCAAUAAGGAAACAAUAUCAAGGGGAAAAUAUGCAGAACUUACUGCAGCUGAACAGCGACCAUUCAGGCCUGAGGAAGCAGAACUUUUUGCCAAAUCUGCACAGCAUGCAUAUACCCAAUUCCGAAACAAGGCUGCCCUUUCAAGAUCAAUGACGGUGCAUAAAAUGGAGGAGGUUGCACAAGGGAGAGUCUGGUCUGGAAAAGAUGCUCUCUCACGAGGUCUAGUUGAUGCUGUCGGUGGUCUCUCUCGUGCUGUAGCAAUUGCAAAACAGAAGGCCAAUAUACCUCAGGAAAGACAGGUUUCUGUUGUUGAGCUGUCAAGGCCAUCCGCGUCCUUACCGGAAGUUUUAAGCGGCAUUGGAAGCUCCUUAAUCGGAGCUGAUAGAACUUUAAAAGAGUUGCUAAAUGAUGUGGCAUCAUCUGAUGGAAUCCAAGCCCGUAUGGACGGGGUCAUGUUUGAGAAAUUAGGAGGAGCUGCUUACACCAAUCCCUUGUUUAUGUUGAUAAAAGAUUGCCUUAGUUCCUUCUAAAGUCAAAGGCUGUACGGUGUUGCAUCAAAAAUAUCUCAUUUUAUUGUUUGCUCGAGCAAAACAUUUAUACAAGGAUCUUACAUUUUGUUGAGGAUGCAGAAUUCGGUUUGUUUACCUGAGGAAGUUGGUGUUUCGCUUCCAGUCAUAAAGCAAAAAAAUCAGUGAGGUUUGCAGGUUGGUAUAUAAGAGCUCUUACUGGUUUCUGGGUUUCAAAUUGCUUAUCUCAACAAGGGUAUGGAGGUACUACAUGAAUCGGUAUCUUAUAUUCUGUUAUAGUAGAGGAGCUAUUGCUGCUUCAAGGUUGAAGCCUUAUGCAUACAGGCGAACCUCGGGUUUAUGAGAUAUCAAGUUGGAUACCAAUUCAAGCACAUCUUUAUGAACUAGUAAUAGAAGCUACAAAGCUUUCAUAGCAUGACGAAAGAGAACCAUUCCUCGCACCUCCCCGCUUCACCAUGAUAAAAGAAGAAGAGAACAUGAAAAAACACAACCACCACCUAGGGGUCUGCUCACCUUCUUCCCUGAAAAACGAAACAUGUUACAUGUUUUCAAGAGUAGUCUAGCUUUCAACUAGUGUUGUGAGGAUAAAUUUCGUGUGCUCUUUACCAUGGUAUGUGGUUAUUAGAUCUAGCUCUCUCCAUUCAAAUUAGGGUAAACGGCACUUGAUCAUAGUUGCUAGAAAAUCGUCACUAGUUAAUAAUUUAUUAUAAAAACACUAGCCGAAGAAACUUUAAUGAGGGAGAUACAUCCAUUCCAUCAAUAACACAAGCAAAGAGAAAUAUUUUCAGUAUUGCAACUC